ACACUUUAUAUUGCUCUGGCAAUAAAUCUAUUUAAAUAGUGGUUAGGGAAAGCAAAAUAGACUAGAUAUAUAAAGACGGUCCUAUUAGUUAUGAAUGGGAGAAACUGCAACGCGCAAUAUGGCGGAAUACGUCCCGCCUACUAAGUAAAAGAGCCAAUCGCUGAUUGAUAAAGUCAUUGCGUCACUGCAGCUGCCGUUAGAAACUCGCGCUUAGGACUGCGCAUGCACAUUGGCUUGUCUAGCCUGAAAAAUAAGCUUUUUAACGCUAUUUGAUUAUAAGAAACAACAUUUAUGGGUCAGUUCAUGUCAUACUUAUUUGCUGAUUUAAAAUAUGGUAUUUAAUUGCGAGUUCGCCAAGCUGUUUUUGAGAUUUCAGGAUUCCCCCAUUCAAAUAGAUAGAACUUGGUCUUGGAUGCCCGAAAUAGCUGACCGGAGGCGUUGCAAAAUGGCCGCCGAGUGAACAGACUUUCAGGGCAACUGCAGUACGUUUUGUAAAGCUCAAAAGAAGUUUGAGCUUCACAAAACGGAGCAAGAAUUUUGCUAGUCGUUGUCUAGUUUGCUAGUUGAACUACUCUUUAACCUGUUGCUAAAAAAGCAAGAGGAUUUUCCUGAUCCCUUAAUUUGAUUAUCCUCAAAGCUUCACAUCCAGCCCUCCAUUUACUGCCAGUCAUACAUACAAGACAGUGCUUCAGUUUAUUUGUAAGGCAUUCUUGCAUCUUAUAAAGUAGAUUAUGACUUUUAAACAUUGACAGGUGAAUUUAUUUAUUUUUGCCACAGAAAUGGCUUUUCUUUUGGCAUUGUUAUGCCUCACAAGGUGAGUUAAUGGACUAAGCAAUGUGUACUUUAAAUGAGUUUAAUGGUUUAUUUAGGUAUAAAUUCACUGAAAGGACUUUCUUUCCACUUAGUGUUGCAAAUGUAAUAGGAAAGCAAAAGAUAAAUUCUGAAAAUAUAACACGGAUUCUAGACGGACUUCUCGAGGGCUAUGACAAUCGACUGCGGCCAGGAUCUGGAGUCUCUGUAACUGAGGUCAAAACGGACAUAUUUGUAACAAGUUUUGGACCAGUAUCUGAUGUUAAUAUGGAGUACACUAUGGAUAUGUUUUUCCGCCAAAUGUGGGUUGAUGAGAGGUUGGCCUUUCAGGGGCCCAUUGAAAUAUUGCCUUUGAACAACCGCAUGGUGGACAAGAUCUGGACACCUGACACGUUUUUUCGCAAUGCAAGGAAAUCACGUGCACACAACACGACGACUCCUAACAAGCUGUUCCGGAUCAUGCAAAAUGGAACGGUCUUUUACACUAUGAGGUUAACUGUAAGUGCAGAAUGUCCAAUGGUGUUGAUGGACUUUCCUAUGGAUGGGCACACAUGUCCUCUCCUGUUUGGAAGCUAUGGUUACACUAAUCGUGAAAUUGUCUACACAUGGAGGAAGGGUCUUCAGGCAUCUGUAGAUUUUCCUCCAGAAUCGUCAAGCUUACUUCAGUACGAUCUUGUGGGCCAGACCUUGUUCAGUGAAACAUAUAAAUUCAGUACAGGUCUGUAUUCUGUCCAGGUUGUCCAUUUCUAUCUUCAGAGAAAGCUUGGCUACCAUCUUAUCCAAACGUACAUCCCUUUGAUUAUGGUGGUUGUGCUGUCACAAGUCGCGUUCUGGAUCAACAAGGAGUCUGUUCCGGCUCGAACAGUGGCUGGAAUCACCACUGUGCUCACCAUGACGACUCUAAGCAUCAGUGCCCGCUCCUCACUGCCCAAAGUCUCCUACGCCACUGCCAUGGACUGGUUCAUCGCCGUCUGCUUUGCCUUCGUGGCGUCGGCCCUCGUUGAGUUUGCCGCGGUCAACUACUUUGCCACGCUCGAGGCCAACAGGGAAAAACGCAGGCUCUCCAAGGGCUCCAUUCUGGAGUCUGUAGCCCAGGGCAGCGACGACGAGCCGGAGACAGUAACUAUCUGCUAUGAGCCUCGCCCUCCGUCUGAUGGCUAUGGUCGGAGAAGACGAGCAGACUCAGUGUUUGAACCGCCCAGGACUCGCAUUCCCAUCUUCCUUCAGGGCUCAGCUGUCCCACCCAACAUGAUGCUGGCAGGCACCAGCGCCAUAGACACGUAUGCCCGCAUCCUUUUCCCUCUGGCCUUUGGGAUCUUCAACCUCGUCUACUGGUACAUCUACCUCAGCAAGGACACCUUGGAAAAGCCCAGGAAGAUCGAGUGAGUUUCUCCUGAGAAGCGCAAGACAUAUUCAGCAUUGUCUACUCGGCUGGACCUCUGUCUCUCACUUUCGUCAUCUAGAAACUUCAUCCCUGAUGGAGCACGAGUCUGUCUGACACUGUUUGACAAGCAUUUGAUCCUGUUCCUUUCGAAUUUUAUCACCUACAUAUAUAUAUACUUUCCACUCCACUUGGCUUUAUAUUCACAGCCGAGGGCCACGUCGUUAUACUAACCCUCCUCUGGUUCUGCUCUAGUUCUUCUCUAGUUCUGCUCUUCUGCAUGUGUGUGUGUGUGUGUAGCAUUGAUGACAUAAUCUGCAGCUCUAACUGGUGAUGCAACAUUGAACCAAUGCUUUCAGUGGCCUGCCCUCUACAGAGACGCGGCUCGCACUGCACGAGAUCAAAAGCAGUGGGUUUAUACUGACAGCUUCAAAGAUUUCGCCUUGAAAAUAAAGGAGAAAAAGUGUAUCCUCAGAACUGAACUUUUACCAACACCAUUCACACGCAUGCGUUUGCAGCAGCUUCUCCUGACGCGGUGGCGCUGUGAUAGAGGGAUGAAGUAGAUCUCAGCGUGGGGGGUGAAUGUUUAAUAUGUAUUCUCGGCUCGCGGUUUAUUUAAUGUUCUCUGAUGUUUCUCUAGUUCGCGGCUCUCUCUGUUGGGAGAACAUGCACAUGUCCAGGAAUGCAUGAUGAUUCAGACAACUCAUAAUAUAAUUAUGCUUAACAUCAUAAAUGGCUUUUAAAACCCAUUUGGAGGAGACAAUGCGGCACUGAAGAAUAAACAUGCAGGUGCUAAUGUACAUCUUAAGUACAUUCAUUUACUGAAUUAUACUUUGCAUUGUGUGUAUAGGCAUUAGCAUUUUGCCUAAUGUAAUUAGGAUAUUUUUUCUUUAUAUAUGUUUGUUUGUCUGAACUCAUGCUAAACAUCAAAAGAGAAUCAUGUAAUGGCACAUUUUAAAUCAUGUCUGUAACACUGUAAAAUAUGGUUUUUCGAAGUUCUAAAUAAAGAUGAUUGUUUUUGCAAAUAUUAUUUCACUCUUUUAAUUCAAUGUGUUACUUGCUGUUUCUUUGUAAUUAAUUGUAUACUCAAAAAAAUGCUGGGUUAAAAACAAAAGUUGGGUUGAAAAUGGACAAACUCAGCGAUUGGGUUGUUUUAACCCAGCAGUUGGGUUAAAUGUUUGGGUUAGGUUUUAUUUAACCCAACUAUUGUUUAAAAAUUAUUAUAUGUCUGGCUUAAAAUGAACCAAAAUAUGUUGGAAAUUAAAAAUCAGACACAUAAUUACUAGAGUCAACAAUAAUAAUCAAAAGGUGAACAUUUAUUAAUAAGCAAUUUAAUAAAUGUUUGUUGUUUAAUUAUUAUUAUUGGACAAACCCAACCGU